CAACCAUCUUCAUCACCACCAACAACUCUAACAAGUAGUAAUCAAUCCAUUGCUACCCAGCCGGUUUGAUUUGGGUAAACGAAAUCAAAAAUCAAAAAUCAAAAAUCACCCAAUCAAAUCAUAACCAUGUUCCUUGCACUUCAAACCAUCUCUUCCACUCCCAAAUUUCCGUUCCCCAAUGCCAACCAUACUCCAAAAAAUACACCAAAUUUGAGUAACACAUCACUCAGUGUCAAUCAUGUUCCGACAACGCCAAAUUUUAGUAUGUCACACUCACAUUUAACCAACCGGAGAUUUUUGGGUAACCAAAAUUGGUCUGGUAAUUCAAUUUCCCUUGCUAUUCAAAGCUUGAUGGACUGUCCAAAAAGUUCCACAUGUGUAAACUCUUUGAGAGGUGAAGGUUAUGCGACACUAAGUACUGGAGGUGGUGUUGAUGGCAACAUUAAUGGGCAAGGAGGAAUUGGUGGCAAUGGACGUGCAGGCAGCGGUUCUACUGGUUGGAGUAGUGGUGGAGGAAAUAAAGACAGUGGUGGGGGUGGUGGUGGAAUGGAGGAGUGGGAAUGGUCAUGCAAUUUCAUUAUCAUCGGAAUUGCAAGCUCUUUUUGUCGGUUGAUUCUUGGUGCCCCUGCAAUCAAGGACAAGCUACUCAGUGCAGUGGCUUCCGGGAUAGUGCAGCCAUUACUGUCUCCAAUUCUCGAGAAAUCCGUGAAGCAGAUAAUGCCUGCGGUGGCUCCUGUGCUUGUAAUGACCACGAUACUUUCAACUCUCAUAGUAGCAUCGAAGGCAUCGGUUUUGGUUAUAUUGUCUGCGGCGGCUAUGCUGAUAAUGGAGCUCCUUUUGAAGGUAGGAAUUCAGAUAUAUGCUAAAAUCUAUGUUUUCUAUUUGCUUUUUCUGAUAAGUGUAAUCUUCCUAGAGCAUAAUUUAAGUGGUAAUAGCUUCAUACAGGUAGGAUUGGUACUGGCUAAAAUAUAUUUGUUGUAUUUGAUCUGCCUAUUCUGCCUGCAGUAUGACUUGAGUUGGCUUUUAUUACUAGGAUAACAUUAGUGUAUGGCAAUGAAAUGGUGUUAUUUCAAGAUUUCCUCUGUUGAAAA